AUGGACGGAAACUGGUCGUGUCCAGCCUGCACAUUUGAGAAUCCGCCGUCUGCGGAUUGCUGCGAGGUCUGCGAGUCUGCAAGGCCUGGCAGCGGUUGGACCUGCGCGUUCUGCACCCUUCUGAAUCCCAAUGGAAGAGCAAGCUGUGAGGCAUGCGGACAGGCCCGUCGGCCGCCGGCGGCUUCGCCCAAGCCGAAGGCCGCCAAGGCCAAAGCGGUGAAGCGCAAUGAAGCCUGGCUCCCGGCAAACCAUCUCUUGGCCUACCAGGGUUACACAGCCAAGCCGAAGGCCUCCGGUCCUCGCCGUACGACGAACUGGUGGAGCUCGAAGAAGCAGGACGCGGCGGGUGGCAGCUGUCGCCUCGUCUUGGAUUCCAAGCUAGCCAAAGGCAGUCCGGCCUCCGUCGCCGCUUUGACAGGCAGCGAGCUCUGGCAACACGUCUGGCGCGUGGACAUGCCCUGCGAGGCUUCCGAAGAGAUGCCGACGUGUCCUAUCUGCCUCGGCGAGCCGGAGCUGAUCCGGACGCCUCCCUGUGGCCACGUGAUCUGCUACCUUUGCGCCCUUCGGCACCACCAAGCCUCUCAAGCGGCCGCGUGUGCGAAGGCCUCCCUCAAGCAGGCUUGCAAAUGCCCGGUGUGCAGCCAGGUCAUGCGCCUGGAAGACCUGCGCCCUGUUCGCCUGGAGCUUCAGCACCUGCCGAAGCCGGAGGAAGGUGGCUCGCUGGUCUUCACACUGGUGCGACGAACAGGUCUUCACUACCUGAGUCUCGCGGACGACACGCUGCCGCGUGGCUGCCAGCCGCAUCUCCCCCAGGAGGGCGAGCCAGGAGCCACUUUUGCCCGCCGAAUCUUCGGCGAUCCCGAGCUGUACCUCAGCCACCUCCACGAAGAUCUGCGGGUGCUGGAGUCCGCGGCUGCCUCCGGCGGCGAGGAGGCUCCACUGGCGAGGUCUGCCAUCGAAGCACUUCAAACACAGCUUGUGUCGCCUGGGAAAAGCGCACAAGGUUUGAAGGAUGCAUCGAGCGAGUCUUCUAGUUCCGAGACUCUGGUCUUCUAUCAGAGCUCCGACGGGCAGCUGAUUUUUCUCGAGCCUUACUUGAUGAAGCAGCUUCUCUCCGAGCACAGGAAUUGGGCUCAUCUUCCUUCCAGCGUCACCCUGCGGCCGCUGCGGACCAUGCGACAGGAGCCGCUGACAGAUCAGAUGAAGCAAAGGCACCGUUUCCUGGCGCACCUCCCGUCUGAUGCGGCCGGAAAUCUCAUUGCAUUUGCCGACGGAAAAAUUGAAGGAGAUUCCAGCAGGCCGGAGCCGGCUCCAGGUAAAGGUGGAAGGAAGGGCCGCCAGCGCAAUCGGCGGAAGGAGUAUGUCGUGCCUGUGCAGAGCCUUGGAAAGCGAAGGAGCCUCAAAGCCGCCACAACUCUGCGGCUGUUUGUGCAAGCCUUGACUGCAUCGGCCAUGCCGGAGGGCUCUGUGGCUCUCCCAUACCAGGCAUCUUCAGCUCAGGAAGAGGGCGGGGAUGCCGCGGACAAGGCUGCAAGUGAAGGUGGCUUGGAGACGGCAGGCGACCGCCCAACCGUCUGCCGCCGUCCAUCUGACGAUGCACACCAGGAUGCAGAGGACGCCUGGUCCGAUGCUGAGGAGCCUGUGGAAGAAGAGCCCGCGCAGGAAGAGCCUGUGGAGGAGCAGCCUGUAGAGCAGCAGUCUGGAGAGAAGGAGCCCGCAGAGGGAGAGACAAUAGAGUCCGCGGAGCCUUCAGGAGGGGAGACAGUCCUGCUUCCAGCCGCGCAUGCACUUUUCGGCCCGAAGCUGACAGUCUCCGAUGUCAUGCUCACGGAAACGGGACCCUUCGAGCUGGCAGCUCCGCGGAGCGAGCCUCGAAAAGGCCCAAGCCGAAGUGGUGUGUUCCGCUCGGUGCAUUUCGGUCGUGUUCACCUUUAUAAACAGGCUUUGGAGUUGCUUGAAUUUCCAGCCAGGGAAGGUCUCGCUUGCACUAGAACAGCACUGUAG